CAAACCUCCCCUCACUUCCAUCCAUCUCGCAGCUAUGUCUUCUUCCCUUGUCUGGCUCAUUACUGGCACCUCUUCCGGCAUUGGUCGGGAGCUAGCGCUUGCGGCACUCAAACGCGGUGACAAGGUCAUCGCGACCGGGCGCAAGCGCUCCCUUGCACAGGUUGAGGAGCUAAAGGCGCACGGCGCAGACGUUCUCGAGCUGGACGUGACCGCGCCGCUCGAUCAGCUCAAGUCGGUCGCGCAAAAGGCGGUCGCCAUCCACGGCCGCGUCGACAUUGUCGUCAACAACGCAGGUGCGUGGCUUGCAGUGGGUGCUCUUGAAGAAAUUACUCCGGAGGCAACCAUGGAUCAAUUUAAUGUUGGCCUUUUCGGUGGGAUGAACGUCGCACGCGCCUUCCUGCCGUAUCUGCGCAAGCAGCGCUCGGGCAUGAUCGUCUGGAACGGCUCGCUCUGCGGCUGGGUCGGUGGCGCAGCGCUCGGCAUGUAUGCGACCGUGAAGCACGCCAUGCGGGGCCUCUCGGAGUCCUUGGACGCAGAGAUAGCCCCGUUCGGGCUGCGUAGCAUUUGCAUCGAGCCGGGCUACUUCCGCACCAAGUUCAUCUCGGAGGGCAACCGCGUCCCCUACGACAACAAGAUUGAAGAUUACCGCGAGAGCAUCUCCGCCUUGGACGCCAUAUUCAGUUCCCUGGACGGCAAACAGCCAGGUGACCCGGUCAAACUUUGCGAGUUCAUCGUCGACAUCGUCAAAGGAGAGGGCUGCGCGGCGGGCAAGACCAUUCCCAGGACGAUACAGAUCGGGAAUGACUGCUACAACGAGGUAAAGAAGGCACUGACCUCGUCGCUCGCGACGCUCGAGGAGUGGAAGCCUAUCAUCACUGCGACGGACCUGUGAUGAGAAUUGGGGACCGUAUUGGCGUUGUUCUAUAGACGUUUGGUCGUCAGCUUCGAAUACACGCUGGAAUGUGAGAUAUCUUUCGUACAGUGCAA